GGCACGUUUUUCUCUAACGUUUAACCAGAGAGUAGUGACUCCAGUUUAUAAUAUAUAUCUCAAAAUGGUCUUUCGAAGCUGCAAACUUGGUUUCUAACUUGUGGUAUACUGUAGGCCCUAACAACAUACUAAAAAACCAGAACUACAUGAACUUUUGCAAUUUGCACACACGGAUGUUUUACUUGACUGGACUAUAGUGUAAAUAAACAGAAGGCGAUUAGUCAUAGAAAGAAGAAUAAAAACUAAUUUGUCAAAGUUGUCGUCUGCGUCUGCAAGAUUUUUGUUUACAAAAUCUUAAUUUGGUUAUAGAAUUUUGUCUGAUGUGAUGAACUCCUCUAUCGAAUACACCUUCAUUUGUUACUAUGGUUGGGUCGGCUGCUAAAUAAUAAAAUCAUCAACAAGAUGAACAAAUGAAAAACAAUGCAAUACUAAAGACCAAUUCUUCCUUAAAACAGUCCAGGAAAGGAGUUCCCCAAGGCUCGAUACUGGGGCCCCUUCUUUUCCUACUAUAUAUCAACAGUUUCCCAGAACAACUUGAAAAUGAACAAAAAUGCAUACAAUUUGCAGAUGACACAACAAUCCUAAUCCCCCACAUAAAUCCUCUCAACAAAAACACAAUAGCAAAUUCAACCCUGGAAAACGCAAUAUCAAUCUGUCAAUCAAUAGACCUCAAGAUUAACAAAAAUAAAACAAUACACAUAAACUUCACUCCAUCCAACAAAAUUAGACAGGAAAACGACAACAACUGGAAAGAUCUGGAAGUACCAACAGCUAACUCCACAAAAUUUCUUGGAAUCAUUUUAGACAAUCACCUGAAUUGGCAAGAACAUAUAGAAUUUCUAUGUAAAAAGUUAAAUUCCUCGCUACAUGACAUAAGAAGAAUAAGAACACCGACAAAUAAAGAAACUGCAUUCAAAGCAUAUCACUCAUUUUUUGCAUCACACAUUAGAUACAGAAUCACCGCAUGGGGAGGAGCAGCAUCAGCAGCCAACAUCAACAAAAUUUUUGUUUUACAGAAGGAGGCUUUAAGAUCAAUACUGAGACUAGAGGACCCCCUGGAACACUGCAAGCCAUAUUUUAAAAAACACCAUAUCCUCACCAUAAUCUCAACCGACAUCCUCGAAACAGUUAUCCUAGCAAAAAACUCCUCACCACUUUUCCGCCAAAAUCAACAUACCGUACUCAUUUCACCAGACAUAGAUCCGAAAUUGACCUACCGCAACACCGUCUUAAAAAAUCUAGUAACACUCCACUACCAGGGUGUCCACAUUCUGGAAAGUCAGGGAUAGUCAUGGAAAAAAAUUUUGGUCAUUGAAAGUCAGGGAAAUAGGCAAGAAGUCAUGGAAAGUCAUGGAAAUUUCCAAUUAUGGAUGGAUUUGAGGGGACCAUUCAAUGCUCUAGUCAGCCGUAACCCGGACUGUUGUACCUAGCAUUUUUCAGGAUUUUUCACAAAUUUUCGACAAUUCAAUUUAUUACAGUUGUAUUAUUUUAUGAGUUUUCGGUUUGUUUUAGUUCAUUUUUGUACCUAUUGUACUCCAUUGUUAUCUGUUAUUACAUAUUUCAGUAUUUUCUGCAAAAUAACAUGUCCAGGCAGUAUUAUUUGUGUGUGUAUGUUAUAUUAUAAUUUGCAUGUAAAGUUCGUGAGUCAUGGAAAUCAAUGGUAAAUGGUCAUGGAUAGUCAUGGAAAGUCAUGGAAAUUAAUGACAAAUCUUUUGUAGACACCCUGACUACAUACAGGGUCACGUUCCUUCAACCUACUUCCAGAUCACCUAAAUUCCUUAAACAACAACAGAAAAUUUGCCUGUAAAUUAACACAAUACCUACUUGACAGACCAUAUUACACCAUCACUGAAUUCAUUGAAGAACACACCUUUCAACAUCUAAGAACUUACAUUGCCUAACACACAAUUACACAAAGCCUACAGCAACAAAAACAAUUAUCAUUCUACAGACAAGGAGUGAAGAGAUGAAAUUGAAGAGAUGAAGAAGAUGACGACUCCCCUUUCCUUGGAUAGUGGCGAGGACUUUGGAUGGUAAAUGUUAGUCACCAGCAUGGUUGUUCAUCGAGGCUCUUCAUGGGAUGCCUCGCCUGACACUUCGCACCGUUCUACACUUCAAGCAAUUAAUCAAAACACUCUUUCUUCAGAUGAUGCCACUUCCAUUUGCAAACUAAAUUCAGAGGAACAAGAUUCUGUAGAAUGGAAAAACCCAUUCAAUAUGAGACAAGUGAUCCUUAACAACCUGUCUGCUGGUGGACGGCCUACGGGACAGUUGCGCCAUUCACCGUGGUUACGCACCCGGGGACGACCUGUCACCAAUGCAGCCAAGUCUCUAGACAUCUUGCGCCAGAACUUGCAGACAUCCAUCAACAAAGAAAUCGAUGGUGUCCUCAAGAAGUACCUUGAGAAGUUUUUCCGGCCAGCCAUUGACAAUGUCCGGUCAAACCUGGGAGGCAGCAGUGUUAAUGAGGAGCAUGUACGCGAGGUUUGUCGGGCUAUGUUGGAUGAAGCCAAACAGAUGUACUGUGGCCCACUGAGCAGAGGGGGGUCGCCCUUCAGUGACUGUGAGACUACAAGCCUCAUAGAGUCUCGCCUUCGCAGAACACAUACUCAGAGCCCGUUGUUGCGGAAGCGCAAGGAGUCAGAUACAGACUCUGAGACCAGCCAGACUGUUGCUCUGCGUAAAAGAAUAUCUCGACCUGUGAGUUGCAACUGGGACCCUGCGAGGCUCAGUAAAGACACUCUCUUCAUUCUGGGCUCUCGCGCUAACAAGGUACUGGGACUUGGUCAUGUGCUAGGCAAGGGGAGGCUAUUCAUCAAACAUCCACAGCUGUUUAAAUACUGCAGUGACUCGCAAGACCAGGAUUGGUUAGCCUCACACAGGCACACAUUGACACCUCUAGCCUCUACCAAGGUCUACAUCAUGCUGCUGGAUGAGAUCAAAGAGCUUGUCAACAGUGAUGAGUACAGGAACAGUCCAAGUGUGCUGAUACACGAACUUAAGGGAUUUGAGGCACCAGAUUUUAUGUUGAAGAAGAUUAAGACGUACAUGAGUCAAGUGAAACCACAGACCUCUGAUGAUCCUGAAUCUCCUUCUGACACCAGCCAGGGUGUCCCUAGCAAUCUAAGUGUGGAAUGUGUUUCUUCAACUAUGACACCCCCAGCUACAGUUUUGGACUCAGGUCCGUCUACCCCCAGUGAAGCUCUAGAUCUACUAGAUCCUCCGUCCUACCUGACAGGCCUAGCCGAGGAGCAACGCCGAGAUGAUGCUAUAUCUGCUCUCCUCAACCGAGCGACCACAGCACAGGACUAGCCCGAACCUUUCCCCAACUCAUGUUGGAUCUUCUCUGAGUGAACUUACCUUAAACUAGGGGGUUUGUCUUGCUGAAUAUUUUAGAUUAGCUAUGAUCUAAGAAGUGGAAUUUGUCCGGAUGUUUAGUUUAGUGUUUUGUACUCUACACAAACUGUUUUAGUCUCUAAACAUGUUACACUUGUUAAAAAAUAAUCUUAAAGAUUCAAAACAUUA